UUUGUUGAAAAUAAUUUAAUUUAUUUCUCUCUUUAUUAGUAAUAUCAAAUCUAUCAGCCGAAUGAUCGAUCAGUAUUUCUGUUCAUAGAAUUUCUCAAAUAUUCUACACCGGAUUUGGAGGUCAUACGUAAGUCACUAUUUCAGUCUGAAUUAGACGGUUGAAGCUGACAGUCACGCAUUUCGUUUGAGAAUCCCAACCUCUAAGUGCAGUUUUUCCAGUAUGACAAUUCAAAGUAUCAAAGCUCGUCAAAUCUACGACUCUCGUGGUAAUCCCACGGUUGAGGUCGAUCUUGUAUCUGAGAAUGGAUUAUUCAGAGCUGCUGUGCCAUCCGGUGCUUCUACUGGUGUCCAUGAAGCUCUUGAACUUCGUGACAAUGAUAAAUCCAAAUAUCAUGGAAAAUCAGUGUUCAAAGCUGUAGAUAAUAUCAAUUCAAUCAUUGCUCCCGAGCUAUUAAAAUCUGGUUUAGAUGUUACACAACAAACAGAAAUCGAUAAUUUUCUUUUGAAACUCGAUGGAACUCCCAACAAAUCUAAGCUUGGAGCUAAUGCCAUUUUGGGUGUUUCCCUGGCAGUCUGCAAAGCUGGUGCUGCCAAAAAAGGCAUACCUCUUUACAAAUAUAUUGCUGAGCUCUCUGGAAACAAAGACAUCAUUCUUCCUGUUCCUGCAUUCAAUGUAAUUAAUGGUGGAUCACAUGCCGGUAAUAAACUAGCUAUGCAAGAGUUUAUGAUCUUGCCGGUUGGAGCAGCGAACUUUACUGAAGCUAUGAAGAUGGGUAGCGAAGUUUAUCAUCACUUGAAGGCUGGAAUUAAGAAGAAGUUCGGUCUCGAUGCUACUGCUGUUGGAGAUGAAGGUGGUUUUGCACCCAACAUUCUUGAAAAUAAAGAAGCUUUGAACUUGAUAAUGGAUGCUAUUAAGGUUGCUGGUUAUGAAGGCAAAAUUAAAAUUGGUAUGGAUGUUGCUGCCUCUGAAUUCCACAAAAAUGGAAAAUACGACUUGGACUUUAAAAAUGAAAAAUCUGAUCCCAGCACUUAUUUAGAGCCAGAAGCUCUCAAAAAUCUUUAUUUGGAAUGGGUUAAAGAUUUUCCAAUUGUAUCUAUUGAGGAUCCAUUUGAUCAAGAUGGAUGGGACUCAUGGACUUCUAUGACUGCCUCAACACCAAUCCAAAUUGUUGGUGAUGAUCUUACAGUAACAAAUCCUGAAAGGAUUAAGACAGCUAUUGAGAAAAAAGCUUGCAACUGUCUUCUCUUGAAAGUUAAUCAGAUUGGCAGUGUAACAGAAUCAAUUAACGCUCAUAAACUAGCCAAAAGUGCUGGAUGGGGCACUAUGGUUUCCCAUCGAUCUGGAGAAACUGAAGAUACAUUUAUUGCUGACUUAGUUGUUGGCUUAUCGACUGGACAAAUAAAAACUGGAGCACCUUGCCGUUCUGAGAGAUUGGCAAAAUACAACCAAAUUCUUCGUAUUGAAGAAGAACUUGGUGCUAAUGCCAAGUUUGCAGGAGAAAAAUUCCGUAACCCACAGGCUUAAAGAUAAGUUUGCUGGGGGGUUGAUGCGACGAAUAUCACAUCGCUGGAGGUUCAUUAUCAGUUACAUAACGCCUUUAUCUAGUGCUGUUAAAAAAUUAAGUCGAUUUACCUCUGAAUACUUUUGGUAAAUUUAAAGUCAUACAAAUAAGUAUAAAUUUGUAAAACAAAAAUAUUUAAGCGUAUAUUUUAUUUAUUUUCUUUAUUUACAAGUAACAAAACGUAUUUAAUUUAAUUAAAUAUAAGUUUUUGUUUCUUUAUGAGGGAGUUUGCUGGGUCCUAUUAUCAACCAAGUGUUCAGAGACUAAAGAUAAAGUUAGAAUUCACGGAAUAAAAAAUAAAAAAAAUAUAAAUAAACGAAUAAGAGUAUCGUAUGAUUCUCGUUGAAAUAAUAGUUUAAAUAAUGUUGUAAUGCUGUUGAUGUGUAUUCGUUGUCUAGAUUCUUUCGAUGGCAUUAAAUUAAUAAAAUAACAAUUCACUCUAAUAAUAA